GGCUGGCGGCCUCGCAGGCGGCUCCAGUGUGGGGCGCCGGUCGAGUUCUCUUCUUUCAACCGGGCUGGUUGGUGGUCUGCGGGUCCGGUCCUCGUCCGCGCCUCGGGCCCGACCGGGGCCUGUGGCCAGCUCCUCGAGCCGCCGUCCCGGCCCGCCGCCCACAUGGCGGCCAUCAAGGCCCUACAAGAGUGGUGCCGGCAGCAGUGCGAGGGCUACCGGGACGUGAGCAUCACCAACAUGACCACCUCGUUCCGCGAUGGCCUGGCCUUCUGUGCUAUCCUGCAUCGACACCGGCCUGACCUUAUAAACUUCAAUGCCCUCCGGAAGGAAAACAUUUACGAGAACAACAAGCUGGCCUUCCAAGUGGCUGAAGAACAACUGGGCAUCCCAGCCCUUCUGGACGCUGAGGACAUGGUGGCCUUGAAGGUUCCAGACCGGCUGAGCAUUCUCACCUACGUGUCACAGUAUUACAACUACUUCCACGGCCGGUCCCCAAUUGGGGGCAUGGCUGGUGUGAAGAGACCCUCAUCCGAUUCGACUGAAGAAUGUCCUGGAAAGAAGGUCCUGCCCUCGCCUGCCAAGGUGCCCUCACCAGCUCCAGCCCAGAGGUCACCACUGUCUCCAGCUAGGACAAACCCCGUAGUUCGGAGGAAUGAGAGUGGCUCAGAGAGGCCAUCUCCAAAGGCUGCUCUGGGAACUGCAGGCAGUUCCGUCAGCAGCAUCUGUGGGAUCUGUGGCAAACACGUUCACCUCGUACAGCGGCACCUGGCUGAUGGGCGGCUCUACCACAGAAGCUGCUUCAGGUGUAAGCAGUGUUCCAACACACUGCACUCAGGGGCCUACCGUGCCACAGGAGAGCCGGGCGUCUUUGUCUGUACCCAUCACAGCCAAGAAGUCACCUCUGGGAGCCCCAAGUUGUCAAAACUAGCCUCCAGACAGCCAGGGGCUGUUGCUGCAGACACCAGGCCAACCAAUGCCUCACGGAAAGUUCAGGAGGCAAAUGGACCAGGAGAGGGGACACCGCCGAGGACCAAGGUAGCAGCCUGGGAGCCCACUGUAGGCAACACAACUGCCAAAGGUUUUGUCCAGACUGAACUUAACCGGCCAGCCACCUCCCGUGUCCAUGUGGGGAGCCCUGCAGGGCCCAGGCUGUCCACGAGCCCAGUGACCACCACUUCUGUGACUAGCAAAGCCAUCACCCAUGUGACUAAUAGCUCCCCGACAGGCUGGUCAUCACCUGCCAAGAGCAGCAGCACAGCGACCAUUGACUCCCGUCCCCUUGUGCACCCAAGUACUCUGAACUCUCACCCGUCUGUGCCCCAAGGCCAGGCAACUUCCAAAGGUGUUAAGACUCCGCUCAACUCGAGCACAGCAUCUCCAAACACAGCGGCCACCCCAGCCUGGACCUCCGCGGCCUCUAGGACUCAGCAAGCCCGAGAGAAAUUUUUCCAGAAUCCUGCCCCAGCCCCAUCCAACAACAGUCCUGCCAGCAGGGUCCCCCCUGUGGUAAAUACCUCUACUAGCAAGGUCCCCACUGUGGAAAAUACCUCCACCAGCAAGGUUCCCACUGUGGUGAAUGCCCCCAAUGGCAGGGUCCCCUUUGUGGUGAAUACAUCCACCAGCAAGACCACCACUGUAGUAAAUGCCCCCACCAGCAAGGCCCCCACUGUGGUGAAUUCCCCCAAUGGUAGGGUCCCCCCUUUGGUGAAUACCUCUACCAGCAAGAUCUCCACUGUGGUAAAUGUGCCCACCAGCAAGGGCCCCACUGUGGUGAAUGCCGCUGCCAGCAAGGUCUCUGCUGCUGUGGAUACCCCUGCCCAGGAGAGCAGCCGUGAGCAAGCGCUAAGUGUACUUAGGAAGGCCCUGCCGGGGCUGACAGGAGCUGGUACCCAGACGUCAGGCAGGUCCUCCCCAGCCACUUCCUCCACCCCAGUCUCUCUUCCCAAGAAUGAAGUACCCCAAAAAGUUUCCUCACCCAAGCUAUCACAUUCAACCACUCCCCAACCCCCCACUUUGAAGGUGGAGCCUACCGUCCCCCUGAAUGUGGGCAAUACUUCAUGGGCAUCUGUAUCACUCCAGACUGGCAACAAGAGCCUGGGUAUAUCUCCAGGGGUUGGUAAGACCAGUCCCGGCUCCAGGCCACAAGCAGAAGCGGCAAUACCGAAGGGUCCGGGUUCCACCUCUCAGGAAGGCCGGGAGGAGGGCCCAGAAGGAUGGAGGGCACGCCUGAAGCCUGUGGAUAAGAAAAGCUCUGCCGGGAGGACUUUGGAGCCAAAGGAAGUACCUGUCCAGGCAGAGCCGAGGGCAGGGGAUACUCCCAGCAAAGUCUCCAGCAGCUCUAGCCCCAGCGCUCACAUCUUCUUGACUCCCGUUCAGAACAAGAGGACACCGUGCCCGGCUGGUUCCGGGCCCAGCCCUGCAGCAGCCCCUUCUCCUUCUCUGUCACACCGUAAGAAACUAGCUGUCCCUCCCAGCCUUGAUGUUUCUGCUGAUUGGCUCCAGCCAGAGCUCAAGAAACAGGAAGCUCAGGCCAGGAACAGGAAGGAGGAGAAAACACCCACCUGGGGGACAAGAGAACGGUCUGCAGUCCUGGACAGUACACAUGGUGAGACUGUGACCUCCCCAGUCAGGCUGCACCCCGACUAUAUCCCCCAGGAGGAGCUGCACAGGCAGCUGCAGGAGAUUGAGAAUCAGCUUGACGCCCUGGAGCUCAGGGGUGUAGAGCUGGAGAAGCGGCUGCGGGCAGCCGAGGGAGAUGCUGCGGAGGACAGCCUCAUGGUGGACUGGUUCCGACUUAUUCAUGAGAAGCAGCUGCUGCUGAGGCUCGAAUCAGAACUCAUGUACAAGUCUAAGGACCAACACCUGGAGGAGCGGCAACUGGACCUUCAGGAUGAGCUGCGGAAGCUGAUGGACAAGCCAGAGGGUCUGAAGUCCCUCCAGGACCGCCAGCGGGAACAGGAGCUGCUGAGUCAAUAUGUGAACACCGUGAAUGACCGCAGUGACAUCGUUGACUUCCUGGAUGAGGACCGGCUCCGGGAACAAGAAGAGGACCAAAUGCUGGAGAACAUGAUCCAGAACCUGGGCCUUCAGAGGAAGAAGUCCAAGUUCCGCUUGUCCAAGAUCUGGUCCUCAAAGAACAAAGGCGGGCAGACCUGAGCUGCCCGUAGCUGGCACCAGGGCCCUGGCCCUUCUCAGGAAGAGACUAGUGCUGGGACCCCAGAAGGAUGCUUGGGGGUGCCGGGGCCCAUGCCUCCCACUCUGAGUCCCUGUAUCCUCAAUAAAGACAGCGACCCUCCCACAUCUGCCAUGUGUGUCCCUGUGCCAGGUCAGUGCCAGGUGCUUGGGUGGACACUCAUCCUCUGUUCCAUUUCUUCUCUGUUGCUGUGGCGAUGUAUCUGAACAAGGCAACUGAAGGGAGAAGAGCUUGUUUGAGCUCUCAAUCCCAGGUUACCUCACUGCAGUGAAGUCAUGGAGGGCAGGCCUUGGACCAGCUGAUCACAUGACAGCCACAGUCACGAACAGAGAGAAAUGAGUAUGUGCACACUUAGUGCUCAGCUUUCUUUUUCUGAGACAGGGAUUCUCCAUGCAACCUCCCUGGUUGUCCUGGAACUCACUCUGUAGACCAGGCUGGCCUCAAACUCACAGAGAUCCGCCUGCCUCUGCCUCCUGAGUGCUGGGAUUAAAGGCGUGCGCCACCACCACCCAGCUCAUUUGGCUUUUCUACUUUUAGAUAAUUCAGGUCCCAACCCCAGAGAGUGCUGCUGCCCUCUUUCAGGCUGGGCUUUUCUACUUCAAUUGAGGCAAUCAAGACAAUCCCCCACAGAUGUCCCUCCAGACCAACCUGAUCUAGGUGGGCCUUCACUGAGACUCUAGACUAUGCCCAGUUGACAGGUGAAGGUAACCGUCACCCCCUCUGGACAUGUUCGUUACUCUCUGUCUGUGCAGAUGGACAGGAGGACAGAGUGGAACACUAUAAUAAUUAUGCCCCCAUGGCCUGGGAUCUGUGCCCUGGACACAGGUGGCCCUGGGGCAGAAGAUGCCUAAGGUUGAUGAUAGGUCCCUGAGUAGCUGCGAGGGUGUGUCUUCUCAGAGCUGGGGUGUACUCUACAGGCUUGAGAGAGACCAGCGGGGUAAGAGAGGCCUGGGGGAGUCAGGUCACGGAUGGGUAUGGCUGGUUCGGUAGCAAUGUGGCUAAGUGUGGCAGUGUGCUGCCUAGUUUUAUGCCAACUUGGCACAAGCUAAAGUCAUCUGAGAGGAGGGAACCUCACUUGGGAAAAUGCUUCCAUAAGAUGGGGCUGCAGGCAAGCCUGUGGAGCGUUGUAUUAAUUAGUGAUUGAUGUGGUUUGGCCCAGCCUAUUGUGGGCGGUGCCAUUCGUGGGCAGGGGAUCCUGGGUUCUGUAGGAAAGCAGUCUGAGAAAUCCGUGGAGAGCAGGCUGGAGCAUCCUCCUCCGUGGCCUCUGCAUCAGCUCCCGCCUCCAGGUUCCUGCCCUGUUUCUGUUCCCGUCCUGACUUCCUUCAGUGAUGGACUCUGGAUGUGGAAG